GUGGCUUUGUUCGGCCUCCUCUGAGCCCUGCCUUGGCCUGGCGAGCACCGCGGACAGAGCCAACCGCCAGCUCCAUCAGCAGCCUGAAACCACAGCGCCUCAUUCUUGGGCACCUCCCUCCCCCUCCCGCUCUCCAUCUCCGCAUCCUCCAUCCCUGCCCCCAAACCUCUUUAUCUCAUCAUUGGGACUGUCGUCACCUUCCCUGCUUAUCCCCAAUCGCAUCUGCAAACCUCUCCCCACCCCCUCCCCGCUCCAUUCCCAGCCUAGCUUGCCUCCCACAACAGCUGACCCAUCUCGCUCCUUCCAUCUCCUCUCCCAGUCCCCGACCCCUCACCUCCUUUCCAGUUCUCACUCUCCAUCCCUCUUCCAUUUCCUCUCUCCCUCCAACUCCUUCCAUCAGUCUCCACCCGCCCCCCACCUCCGCUCCAUUUCCGGCUCCAACCUCCAUCCCUCCUCCCAACUCCCCCCUGCCGACCCCCCGAAGACCACCUCUCGCGGUCCUGUCCCUCCGAGCCCAUGCCCUGAUCCUCAGGGAUGUUCGCCUGACCACUCGGCCUCUAUGGUCUUGACGUUGCUCUUCUCCGCCUACAAACUCUGCCGCUUCUUCACCAUGUCAGGCCCCGAGCGGCUGUCAGUGCCCGUACCCAGGAGCACAGGAGGCAGCUGGUGGGCAGUGGGUGGUGGGAUUGCCCGGGAGGUGUCGCCGGGGGCCAGUGUAGAGGUGCAGGGGGCUCUGGAGCGGGUGCUGCCCGAGCUGCAGCUGGCGCUGUCGGGGCUCAAGCAGGCGGGCAGCCCGGAGGCGGUGGGCACCGGCCUGUCCGAAGUGUUCCAGCUGGUGGAGGAGGCGUGGGUCAUCCCCACUGUGGGUCGUGAGGUGGCCAAGGGGCUGUGUGAGGCCAUCCGCCUGGAAGGAGGCCUCGACCUUCUGCUACAGCUGCUGCAGGCACCCGAGCUGGACACCCGAGUGCUGGCGGCUCAGCUGCUGGAGCAGAUCCUGGUGGCUGAAAAUAGGGACCGGGUGGCCCGCAUCGGGCUGGGUGUCAUCCUGAACCUGGCCAAGGAGCGGGAGCCGCUGGAGCUUGCGCGCAGCACCGCGGGCAUUUUGGAGCACAUGUUCAAGCACUCGGAGGAGACGUGCCAGCGGCUGAUAGCAGCCGGAGGCCUGGACGCGGUACUCUUCUGGUGCCGCCGCACAGACUCCGCGCUCCUGCGCCACUGCGCCCUAGCGCUGGCCAACUGCGCCCUGCACGGCGGCCAGGCGGCACAGAGGUGCAUGGUGGAAAAGCGUGCAGCCGAGUGGCUCUUCCCGUUGGCCUUCUCCAAGGAGGACGAGCUGCUCCGGCUUCAUGCCUGCCUGGCCGUGGCCGUGCUGGCCACCAACAAGGAGAUCGAGCGCGAGGUGGAGCGUUCGGGCACCCUGGCCCUCGUGGAGCCUCUCGUGGCUUCCCUGGACCCCGGGGGCUUCGCUCGCUGCUUGGUGGACGCCAGCGACACGAGCCAGGGUCGGGCGGCCGAUGACCUGCAGCGCCUCGUGCCCCUGCUCGACUCCUCGCGCCUGGAGGCGCAGUGCAUAGGGGCCUUCUACCUCUGCGCCGAGGCGGCCAUAAAGAGUCUCCAGGGCAAGAGUAAGGUGUUUAGUGAGAUUGGAGCCACACAGAGCCUGAAGCGUCUGGUUUCCUAUUCCACCAACGGUACCAUAUCAGCAUUGGCUAAGCGGGCUCUGCGCCUGGUGGGUGAGGAAGUGCCCCGACGUAUCCUGCCUUGUGUACCCAGUUGGAAGGAGGUUGAGGUACAGACUUGGCUACAGCAGAUUGGCUUCUCCAAGUACUGUGAGCGCUUCUGGGAGCAUCAGAUAGAUGGAGAUCUGUUGCUGCGUCUGACAGAGGAAGAGCUUCGAGAUGACCUAGGAAUGAAAUCUGCCAUCACCCGCAAGAGGUUCUUUCGGGAGCUCAUAGAACUGAAGACCUUUGCGAACUAUGCGACAUGUGAUCGCAGCAACCUUGCAGACUGGCUGGGGAGCCUGGACCCCCGAUUCCGCCAGUAUACCUACGGGCUGGUGAGCUGUGGUGUGGACCGCACGCUCCUACAUCGAGUCUCUGAGCAGCAGCUCCAGGAGGACUGUGGCAUCAGCAUCGGUUUCCACAGGGUUCGGAUCCUCACUGCUGCCCGUGAGAUGCUGCACUCACCCCUGCCUUGCAGCGGCUGCAAGUCCAGCUGUGAGAACCCAGAUGUGUUUAUCAGCUACCGCCGGAGCUCAGGCUCCCAGCUUGCCAGUCUUCUGAAGGUACACCUGCAGCUACACGGCUUCAGCGUCUUCAUCGACGUGGAAAAGCUGGAGGCUGGCAAGUUUGAAGACAAGCUGAUCCAGAGCGUCAUGGGAGCCCGGAACUUUGUGCUGGUACUGUCCUCUGGAGCACUGGACAAAUGCAUGCAGGAUCAUGACUGCAAGGAUUGGGUACAUAAGGAGAUUGUGACUGCGUUAAACUGUGGGAAGAACAUAGUGCCUGUGAUGGAUGGCUUUGUGUGGCCGGAGCCUCAGUCACUGCCUGAGGAUAUGCAGGCUGUUCUCAAGUUCAAUGGCAUCAUGUGGUCCCACGAAUACCAGGAGGCCACUAUUGAGAAGAUCAUUCGCUUCCUUCAGGGCCGCUCAUCCCGGGAUUCUUCUGCUGGCUCUGACAACAGCCUAGAGUGUGCCACCCCAUUGGGUCAGACAUAGACACCCCUUUCCCCCUGGCUUUGUUCCUGUUGCCCUCUGCCCUCCACUAGUCCCUGGUUCUCCUAACCCCUCCCCCAUUUGAAAGAGAUGGCAAAGACAGACCCACCUUAACUCUUGGGGUGGGUGUGGGGGUGUCCCCAAUGAUGGAGCCACAUCUUGGGGAGGAUGGUCUACUCUUCCUCUACUCCACUAUGCCCUUUUUAGCAAUGACCUCUGAAUGGGGACGAGCCAACAGGAAAAGUGAUAGGGAAGAUGAGGCUGGAUUCCCCUCCCUUCCACAACUGAGAGAAUAGGAGAGGUGGGGGAGAUAUAUGGGGCUCUACCUAGGUCUCCAUUAAUUGCUGAUAAUGGACCAUCACACCCUGGGGGAAAGGGCUGGGAGGACCUUAGUGGCUCCCAGGUGAACUUUCUGUUCUUGGGUCUCAAUAGGCUUAGCUCAGCUCAUUUAGGAGCGUGGGGCAUCAUCAGAAGCCAUCACCCCACCCUGACUCCAGGGGCGCCAGCGGCCACCAAGCUCUGGGCACCCAUGAGAUCUCACCAGGUGGCUUCUGGUGCCCUCUAGUGGGAGAGUGAGGAAAGGCAGCUACACCUCGGCUUGUAUUUGUUUCUAUCCUUUAAGGUUACCAGAGACAUAGGUAGCGUACCUUUUUUUCAAAGGAGGAAAGUGCAAUCCUGAGAAUUUUGGUGACUUGCCCCGGGUCAAAGCUAGGAAUCAACCACACUUAAGCAAAGCCUUAAAGGAGACCCUUGAAUGUGUCUCAGUAACUUUUCUUCACCCACUGAGGCCCAACCUGUCUCUGAUGCUUCCUCUCCCCUACCCCCUCUUCCAGUACUGUAAUGGGCACCUCACCUCCCUAUCCUGUGGCCUUCUUUUAUAACCACUCUGUGCUCUUAAUGCUCCUCCCCUUCUUCUGGGCCCCUAGUACACUCCCAGCUGGCUAUCUUGGUGAGAUGUAGCCCAAUUUCUAGUUACAGAGCAUCAGGCUGGGGUAUGUGAGGCCACUCCCUGACUAGGCCUUAAUUCCCAGUUCUCAGGAAGGGGAGUUUGAGAAGGAAACCCCAGCACCCCUAGGAGCAGAGGAGGCUCAGGGGCUACCUGCCAUCGCCCCAGCUGGGGCAGGGGACAGCAAAGGGUAGUACCCUCCAGGAGGGCAGAGGAGCCCAAGGACACGGCCUACUAUGUUUAUUAGGACCUCUUUGCCUGGAAGGGCCAGCUCUAAGCCAACCAAUCAUCUAGCAUUUAUCCAGUGCCUGGUACUAUGCUAGACAUUGUGGAUGCCAAGACAAGCUUAGAGAUCUCUGACCACCUCUUCCUCAUCAUGGGUCAUAACAUAGUUGGGAUAGAAGAAUCCUGAAAGAUCUAGUUCAGCCCCUUAACUUUAUUUUUAAAUUAAUUUUGUUUUCAUGAAAAAGCAUUUGUUUUUUCCCUCCUACUCCCACCCCGC